UGCGGAGCUGCCCCGAGCCCUCGCGCGCCGAGGCGGGGCCCGCUGCGCAUGCGCGGCCGGGAGAGGGCGAGAAAAGGCGACAGGAGUCGGAAGGAGAAGGCGGCGGGUGCCGGCGCUCUCUGGCUCCCGCUGAGGCGAAGGCCCGGACCGGCCAUGAAGGCGGGCGCGACAUCCAUGUGGGCUUCCUGCUGUGGGCUGCUGAAUGAAGUCAUGGGCACUGGAGCGGUGCGUGGCCAGCAGCCGGGGUUCGGGAGCGGGGCCAACCCAUUUCGGUUUGCGCCGAGCACAGACUUCACGGUGUAUACCUCUUCGGCACCGGCGGGAGCAAAUCUCGUCUGUAAAUCGUGCGGCCUCACCUUUUCAGUCUUCAGGAAAAGGCAUGUGUGUUGCGAGUGCAAGAAAGAUUUCUGCUCCUUGUGUUCGGUCUUGCAAGAGACCCGCCGGCGGUGCUGCACUUGCCACUUGCUGCAGGAGACGGCCUUCCAGCGUCCCCAGCUGAUGCGCCUGAAGGUGAAGGAUUUGCGCCAGUACCUGCUCCUUCGGAACAUCCCGACCGACACAUGCCGAGAAAAGGAAGACUUGGUGGACCUUAUCCUGCGCCAUCACGGCUUGGCCUCCGAGCAGGAGACGGAGACCAGCAGCUUGUACUCGGCGCGCUCACAGACUUCUAGUUUUUCGACCCAUCCGGCCUCUCUGUCGGAAUCGGUCUCGUCCCCUCAAGGGGAGCUUGCACACAGACACGAGAGCACCGGAAACGAAAUACAGGUACAGGGGCAAAGCGAGAGACUCUUAGCAGACCUUGGCGAAGAGGACGAAAUUGCUGAAGAGCAGACCCCAGGGCAGUCUCGGAAGCGUACACGGGCCUCGCUCUCUGACAUUUCGAGCCUGGAUGACAUCGAGAGACUCAGUGUUCGCCAGCUGAAGGAAAUCCUGGCCCGCAACUUUGUCAAUUACUCAGGAUGCUGUGAAAAAUGGGAGCUGGUGGAGAAAGUGAGCCGGCUGUACAGGGAGCACGAAACAAAUCACCGGACACAAGGCGAGAAGCCUCCGCUGAACGAGGAGGAGGACAACCUCUGCCGGAUCUGCAUGGACGCGGUUAUUGACUGCGUCCUCUUAGAGUGCGGCCACAUGGUCACCUGCACCAAGUGCGGCAAGCGCAUGAGCGAGUGUCCCAUCUGCCGCCAGUACGUGGUGCGGGCCGUGCACGUCUUCAAGUCCUGAGUGUCCGAGGCCAGCGCCGGAGGCUUCCCCGGGGAGGGUAGUCCUCAGUUCCGGUAACUCAUAGCAUCCUGAACGGAGCUCGACAGACGUCCUUCCGCUUUGCCAUUUGGAGCGGAGAACGGCCAGAAACUGCACUGAGUCACAUGCGGAGCCGGGGAAUCUCGCGCUGCGCAUUGCUCUCUUCUGAAGAAUAGCACACAACAGGUCGAGGAGCCGGAGCUUUCCUAGAAAGGAGAAGGAGCGGAUUGCAUUUUGUUUGCGGACAAACUCAUUCCGUCGUUUUUGACGGAACGGGAGACUCGGAGAGCCAGGAAGUUCAGGGAACGGGGGGCUCUUGUGCCAAGUACCCAGAAUGUCAUUCCACAUCUACCCAGCAAAGGUUAGUCGCCUUAAUCACGCUCUUGAAUCGCUAGCUUUUUGUUUAAUUGCAAGGGUCCUAAAACUCUUUUAGAACUUGAACUUCUAAGAUCACAGCGAACAGGAUGUUUUUCCUUGAAAAUGUGCACUGGAUGGCAAUUGAGGCGUAGAGUUUUGUUUUGGUCCUUUUCAAUGCUAUUCCGUUCAUUUCCCUGCAAGUGGAUCUUUGAGGUUCUCGUGGCCACUUUGCUGUACAGAAAUGAUCGAAGUACAGAAGCGUGGCAAUUAUAUGGAGAUACGAACUACAAAGCACUAGUCCUGUACAGCUAGAAUUUAGUGUGAAGUUUGGCACCGUAGGAAAGAGCCAUUUUCAGUUCUUAGACUUUUAUUUUUCAGAAGGGAGCAAGAUGUUAUGGCUUUAUUUUUGGAAGAUUUUAAAAAAUAUAUAAGUUGCAAAUUAAUCACCAAGUCCUUGUUCAGGGGAGACAAGACUAAAGAGAAUGUAGCAUAUCCAUCAUGUUCCGAACGACUGCUGUGGAGUCAAUAAAACGUUUUCUUUACUGGC